UCCUCUCGCCGGAGAAUCAGAGUAAUAAUGGCUAGGUCACCGAACAAACACGGCCGCGAUCAUGCUGAGGAUUUCCAGGGAUUUUUGAAUGACUUGCAGGACUGGGAACGUUCGUUGAAGGAUAAAGACAAGAAAAUGAAACAGCAACCAUCUACUUCUUCCAACCUAAGCAGUGAGAAGUUCAUACCGAGUGGCUCAGGGCAAUUUGACGUUGUGAAAAAGUAUGCCUCAAAUAGUUUCGUGGAUGAGGAUAGUCAGCUCGAUGCUAAUUCAGAAAAGGAACAGGGGAAUGAAUAUUUCAAGCAGAAGAAGUUCAAUGAGGCCAUCGAUUGUUACUCUCGGAGUAUUGCUUUAUCACCAAAUGCUGUGGCUUUUGCAAAUCGGGCUAUGGCUUAUCUCAAAAUCAAAAGGUAUCGAGAGGCUGAGGUAGACUGCACAGAAGCCUUAAAUCUAGAUGAUCGUUACAUUAAGGCAUACUCACGCCGAGCAACAGCUAGAAAACAACUAGGCAUGAUCAAAGAAGCCAAGGAAGAUGCUGAGUUUGCUUUAAGAUUAGAGCCUGAGAGCCAGGAACUCAAGAAGCAGUAUGCCCACAUCAAAUCUUUGCUCGAGAAAGAAAUCAUUAAAAGAGCCACUGGAGCAAUGCAAAGCACUGCAAAAGAGAUGCUCAUGACAGCCGGUUUAGAAAAGAAAACAAAAGUGCCAAAUACAGAAAUGAAGUUGAAGACGGCAAAAACAAACGAGGAUAAAAUAGAAUGUUCGGGGAAGAAGCUUAUUGAAAGUGUUCAACCUGGGGAGAAACCUGAAAAAGGUUACAAGAAAGUUCCAGCUAUCACGGAAACUGUAGACAGCAAGAAAGUGACGCCUAGGGUUCAAACUUAUGAAAUGGAGGCGAAGUCUUCUGACGUAAAUGGUACUCAUCCCUCUGGAGCGGGACACCGGGUUACUAGAAAGGUGGAACUAAAACCAUCAGUGCAAGAGCUUGCUGCUCAUGCAGCGUCACUUGCAAUGACUGAAGUUUCUAAAAACAUCCAAGCCCCAAAAUCUGCUUACGAAUUUGAGAACUCUUGGCGGAGUUUCUCUGGCGACCUUGCAUUACAAAACCAACUGUUAAAGGUUACAAAACCGAGCUGUUUACCUCAGAUUUUCAAGAACGCUUUGACUUCUCCUGUUUUGUUUGACAUAAUCAAAUGUGUAGCCUCAUUUUUCAAUGAAGACAUGGAUUUGGCUGUUAAAUACAUUGACAACUUAACAAAGGUUCCUAGAUUUGACAUGAUCGUCAUGUGUCUUACCUCAACGGAGAAAAACGAGCUUAGAAAGAUUUGGGAGGAUGUUUUCUGCAAUAAAGCAACUCCAAUGGAAUAUGCAGAGGUCUUAGACAAACUGAGAUUAAGAUAUUGCCUGAAACAGUAACGCACGAGAUUGAUAUUCUUAGCUUCAUGCAUGGUGAACAUUUUUGCAGGAUCAGUAAACAUUUUCCAAUCGUCCUGAAGUAGUUUUUACUUGCUGUCUGGUCCGACUCUGGUUUGCUCAUAUAUUUACCGGUAGAAAAUUAAGACCAGGAUAUGUUGUCUUAUAUUAUAUCUCAGAGAAAAUCUAUUCUGUUUUGAUUUCAUCCAA